GGCGGGGCAGGGGGGUGGUGCAUUCGCUUCUGGCAGGGGCAGCGAUGGGGGCGCAGCUCAGCACGUUGAGUCGGGUUGUGACAUACCCAAUAUGGCUAAUCUACACCACCAUCCUGAGGCUUUUCAAGAAUCCCCGUCCUGCAAUUACUCUGAAGGAUCCUGAAGUGAAGUAUGCAUUAAGGCUGGUUGAUAAGGAGGAAGUUAGUCAUGACACAAGAAGAUUUCGUUUUGCUCUCCCUUCCAUAGAUCAUGUUCUGGGUCUCCCUGUAGGACAGCAUAUCUACCUGUCUGCACGAAUUGAUGGAGCUCUGGUUGUUAGACCUUACACUCCAGUUUCCAGUGAUGAUGACAAGGGCUUUGUGGAUCUUGUUGUCAAGGUCUACUUAAGAGGUGUCCAUCCGAAGUUUCCUGAUGGAGGGAAGAUGUCUCAAUACUUAGACAGCCUGAAAAUAGGGGAUACUAUUGACUUCAGAGGACCAAGUGGCCUUCUUGUCUACAAGGGAAAAGGUGAGUUUGCUAUUCGGCCUGAAAAGAAAGCUGAAGCAGUUACUAAGAAAGUGAAGUAUGUGGGGCUGAUUGCAGGUGGGACUGGGAUAACACCUAUGCUGCAGAUCAUUCGAGCAAUCAUAAAAGACAAAGAUGACCCUACCAUUUGUCAGCUGCUGUUUGCUAAUCAGACUGAGAAGGAUAUCCUGUUACGUUCUGAGCUAGAGGAGAUCCAGGUUCAGAAUCCCGGUCGCUUUAAGUUUUGGUACACACUGGACAGAGCACCUGAAAAUUGGGAUUACAGCCAAGGAUUUGUGAACCAAGAGAUGAUCAGAGACCACCUGCCCCCACCUCAAAACGAUGUUCUGAUCCUCAUGUGUGGACCUCCUCCAAUGAUCCAGUAUGCUUGCAUUCCCAACCUGGACAAACUGGGCUACACCAAGGACAUGAGGUUCUCCUUCUAAAGACGACUGAUAAUUCAGUGAUCUUGUGUUGAAGGGAAGAAAAAACAUUUAAUGGGGAACAGGACAAAGUUGCAGAGAUGGCUGAUGCACAGUGCUGGGAAGCUACAUUUACAUUAAAAAUACUUUUUUUUUUUUUCCCUGAAUCUCUGGCAAGUAAGACACUUAAGCCCAACUGUUACUAAAACCGUACUGUAUGUUGCACAGAAACAGCUGUAUUGUGGAAAGGUAGCGAUGCCUACUGCUCAGCUAUGUUGUAUACUCCAUCUCAGGGGAGGACAGUGUAGCUGCUCAGGGCAGUAAGCACUCAUUUACACUUUAUCUUAGCAUUAUAAUAAAAUGGCAGUAAUAUCCUACUUCCUAACACUGUGCAUACCCAGUAUUUUAUUUGGUAUGAAGUAUGGAAAUAUAUAGAAUGUGCUGGAUUAUUCACCUUGCUUAUGCCAAAUUUUAACCCUUACAGACCUUUUACAGUAUGAAGGCCAGGAGUGUUUGCCUUGUAUGCAUAAUCUUUGCAACGUUGGAAGCUUCAAGAUGCUUGUUCAGUUGAAGGAUGACAAUUAACCAUUUUUGACUGAAGUUGUUCAAGCUGCCUUGUUAAUUGAAACAGAGAGGCAGACAGCAAUACAAAAUUUGUUUCCUUUGUAUUUUGGAACAGCCUCUCUUAAAUGCAAACACUUCUCCAGCUGGUCCCAGUUCUCAUCCUUGGGCAAUGAAAAAAACUACAGAAGGCAGGCAGCUUUGUGCACUGUUCCACAAAUGGCUGGAAUUUUUUGCUUGUAUGUGCGUGGAAUACUGAAAAGAAAAUACUUUUGGAUUUACUUUUAAGUAGCAGAUGGUGCCAGAGGACUACGAAAGCAGUUGUUCUGCAUGUCCUGUGUAGUGAAAAAAAUGCUGGGUGAAAACUGGAUCUAGUUUUAGUUUCUUGUUUCCCAGAGAUGGAUUUGGAACACAGGGAGCUCAGGUUUCAUUGCCAGGGUGGGUUUUGGGAUGCGGUUUUGCUUGGUAAGGAUGCAUGGGAACAGCCUUAAGUCACCAAACUGACAGCAAAUUCAAAUGUCUCACUGAAUCUACAACUGUUUUACUAUAGCUCUGAUUUUUAUUUUUGUUAAUAUAAUUUUUUUACAGCAGCCUUUUACCUAGCCUUUAGUAAACUUAAGGCAUCUUGUGUGCCGAACCUUCUGCUUCUAAACAACAGAGAUGCUGCUGAGAUUAGAGCUGUCCUGCAAGGAAUCUAGGAAACUAAAAAUCUUCUUCUGGUGAUGGAAUCAGAGUGACCAAAAGGAUGUUUAGUCAUAUAUGAGGUAAUGUGGAUGUGAGUUAGCUACAAGUGUCAAUUUAUAAUACCACUCUUUUAAAGAUACGGGUAGGUAUUUGAGAUUAUAGUUUGCCAUGUUUUCUUUUGUGUCUGUACAACAGAUGGGUACUGUGCACUUAAAAGGUUAAUUUUCAGUAUGAAUUAGAAGGAGAAAAAAGAUCCUACAGUUAAUGUAAGGAAUCUCUAAUGGAUAGUACUGUUAUUAAUUUUAUUAAUUAGACGCUUGCCUCUGAAGUCUUGAAUUUUUGACGUGCGCUUCUGAAACUUGUACUGUGCUCCAAAGUUAAAUAAUACUCAAGUAAGUUUCAGUCCCUUUUUUAGGAGACAAAAAGCAGAAAUAAGACAGAAAUUAUAUUGCUGCUGGUUUAUAUCACUGUGGGAUAAGCAUAGAUUUUUUUCAUUAUUGUAUUUAAUGAGGUUUUCUUGUAAAAAAAAUAACUAGCUGGUUAUGCAUUAACUAUUUUGUAUUACUCUGCUUAUUCAAUUACUGGCUUUUUUCACAUCUGUGUACGAAAUAAAGUAUCUUGCAGGUGAAUCACCUGUGUGUUACUGAGCACAUCAUCUUCAACCUUGUAAGAGACAAACUAUAAUUGUCAAACACUAUAAAGUGAAGGUUCAAAACAAAAGCCUGUUAGAUUUGUUUACCCAAGUGCUUUUCUCUCUCUUUUGUUUGAGUUUGGUGAAAACUUCUGUAUUUGGAUGCCGAGUCAAGGAGUAAACUGUCUCUGGUUUUCUCCCUAACACUCCAUUGUCCUCUUUUUACCUUUAUUUUGUACAUCUUCCUUGUGAACAUGAGGCUCUUUUAAUAAAAAGAGGGAUUUUAUAUAAUUUACUGAAACAAA